CGAGAGCGCGAGCAGCGCGCUCCCGCUGCCCGCGUCGCCAUCUUUUUUCCCCCUCUGUCCGUCUGUCUGCCGUUGGCUUUGUCCGUCCACCGCGACGCCCCUCGCCUCCCCGCUGCGGGCUCAGCCCGCCGUCACCCUCUGCCCGCCGGGGUCCAGUCCCGGAGAGCCCCGGCCCCGCCAGCCCGAGCUGCGGCUGGGACCCAUUGUCCCGCGGUCUGUCUGUCCGGAGGCGGGGCCCGGGGACGCGGAGCGCCGAGGCAGAGGAUUCACAUCACUAGGAUUCAGGCGAGUUUACUUUGCUCCGUGGGACCGCACCAGAGCUGGAGGUCUGAAAAGAACUGUGUUUGGUAUGCAGAUAUGAUAGAAGACUGCCUGAAAGCUGCUUCCUUUGCCACUUCCUGUGGAGGCCUGUCUUUGCCAUUUGCGGUUUCUUUCUUCUUUUGGUUAGCACCUCACAAGGAGGUAGUGACAUAUCCAGUGGUGAAACUGGGAAAGACCAGAGCUUUUAUAUCAGGGAAACAUGUCCCGUAGGAAACAGACAAAUCCAAAUAAAGUUCACUGGGAUCAAGUAUUUGCUGGGCUAGAAGAACAAGCCCGACAAGCGAUGAUGAAAACUGAUUUUCCUGGAGACCUUGGCAGUCAGCGACAAGCUAUCCAACAACUAAGAGAUCAGGACUCCAGUAGCAGUGACAGUGAAGGUGACGAAGAGGAGACCACACAAGAUGAAGUAUCUUCCCACACAUCAGAGGAAGAUGGUGGGGUAGUCAAAGUGGAGAAAGAAUUAGAAAAUGCAGAGCAGCCUGUUGGUGGUGGGAAUGAAGUAGUAGAGCAUGAGGUCACAGAAAACCUAAAUUCUGACCCCUUGCUUGAACUCUGCCAGUGUCCCCUCUGCCAGAUAGACUGUGGGAGUCGAGAGCAACUGAUUGCACACGUGUACCAGCAUACUGCAGCAGUGGUGAGUGCCAAGAGUUACAUGUGCCCUGUCUGUGGACGGGCCCUUAGCUCCCCAGGGUCAUUGGGUCGCCACCUCCUAAUCCAUUCGGAAGACCAACGGUCUAACUGUGCUGUGUGUGGAGCCCGUUUCACUAGCCAUGCCACUUUUAACAGUGAGAAACUUCCUGAAGUACUUAAUAUGGAAUCCCUACCCCAAGUCCACAGUGAGGGCCCCUCCAGUGCUGAAGGGAAGGACAUUACCUGUAGUCCUCCAGUAUACCCUGCUGGAAUUCUGCUUGUGUGCAACAACUGUGCUGCCUACCGCAAGCUACUGGAAACACAGACCCCCAGUGUGCGCAAGUGGGCCCUCCGUCGACAGAAUGAACCUUUGGAAGUACGGCUACAACGGCUUGAACGAGAACGCACAGCCAAGAAGAGUCGGCGAGACAAUGAGACCCCAGAGGAGCGGGAGGUCAGACGCAUGAGGGACCGUGAAGCCAAGCGCCUGCAGCGCAUGCAGGAGACAGAUGAACAGCGAGCUCGCCGGCUACAGCGAGACCGUGAGGCCAUGAGGCUGAAGCGGGCCAAUGAAACUCCAGAGAAGCGGCAAGCCCGACUCAUCCGGGAGCGAGAAGCUAAGAGGCUCAAGAGGAGACUGGAGAAAAUGGACAUGAUGUUGCGAGCUCAGUUUGGUCAGGACCCUUCUGCCAUGGCAGCCUUAGCAGCUGAAAUGAACUUCUUCCAGCUGCCUGUGAGUGGGGUAGAGUUGGACAGCCAGCUUCUGGGGAAAAUGGCUUUUGAAGAACAGAACAGCAGCUCUCUGCACUGAACCACACCCUCCUGCCUGACUUCCCGUCCACUCCAGCCCAUAGGGAUCAGUGCUGCUGUCACCCAGGAGGCCAUAGUCCUUGCUGCCACAGGCAGGCCUGGGUUGGUUGCAGGGAAACCUGUGCACCCUCUGCAUGUGGGAACAUGAUGGGGUCAGGAGGGACCCAGCUCAAGGCAGCUCUGGAAAAAGGAGCAGGCACUCCAGAAACCUGGACUCCUCAGUCCACUGUGGCAGGCCAGGGUUAUGGGACUGUAGGACCCCAGUACAGUCCAUGAAGCUGUGAGGGCAAAUAAAUUAAUUUUAUCUUUACUGGC